CAGGUGAGGGUGAGAGGGGUCGCCUUCCUGGAGUUGUACCAUUCAUUCCCAGUGCGUGUUGUUAAGCUGGCCGAUUCUUCCCUAUAUCUGAAUCAUGACCAUGCUCACACUUGUCCCCUGGGUCUCUUUGUCCCAGCAGGGCAUGCGGUGGGGCCUGUACACACUCCUAAGCUAACCGUGCCUCAGACACUGUCACAGCUCAGUGGGGAGCAGAGCUGUAAAGGCCUGGUAGGAGCUGUGUUAUCUGUGUUUGGGGGUUGAGCAAUUCUGUAUUUUACUUUGUACUGUGCUUUUUUCCCCAUGUAUCUGGCGAAGCACAUGCGAGGGGACACCAGGUACUCCCUUUUCUUGCCUGUAUACUGCAGUGAGGUUCCCCUACCCUACAACAAGAGAACACCCCAGUUUUCUUCAGCACUAUCAAGAGGGCUGGCUGAACACCGGUGUCAGCUGGCCUGUUUUGAGCUCUGGCUAUCAUACGGUAUUUGAGAGGGGACACGCUUCCAUUCUCCUCCCCACAUGGCACAGGUCCCUAGAUGGGCUCCUACCGCUUCAGCAAGGGGCGUGGAGAGAAAGUGAGUGUCCUAGCCCUCCCCGCCACCCCACGACACUCCAGAAUCCCACCAACCCUUAUUGAAAACACCCAAGUAUUCUACAGUAAGGUUCCCACAGGCUCUCACUGACUCUUGAGGUAGCUAGAUUCCCCACAGAGGGGUUAUAUUUCUACCUAGUGCUUGUUGCACAGCGAAAGAGAGACUCUUCCCAGACUCUUCUUCAUUUCAGCACUUGUGUCUCUGAGUGUGUAUGGCUAUGAGUGGGAAGGAGCUCAGCGGAUAGAGCAGGCCAGUCGCUGGCCAAGGAGAGGUGAAGGGGGUGGGCGUUGUCUGACUCUCUCUGAACGCAGGAUGUUUUGAAGCAUUUCUGGGUAUUAGGGAGAUCCUUUACCCUUGGCUGCUGUGGUGUGGUGGAGGGGAAGGCAGGAUAACCCAAUAGGCAAGCAUUGGACUACAAAGCAGGAAUCCUGGGUUCUGUUCCCAGCCCUGCCACUGAUUUCCUAUGUAACUUGGGAAGUCACUUUAACCCUUUAGUUUCUCUAGCUGUGAAAUAGGAGUAGUGAUUGCCACCAGCCUUUUUAACACUACAGAUGAGUGUUAAAUGUUGCUGAGGCAGUAGGGUGAAUGACACCCAACAAGCAACUGGUCCUUGCCUUGGGGAUCUUACAGUCUAAUUAGUUAAUGUUUGUUUGGUGCUUUGCUAAUGUAAAGUGCAGCCUAAGUGCUAAAUAUUAUUACGGUAAAGGCACAGUGUGUGCACAGCAAGAUAUCGAAAUACAGACCAAAGGGAGACUGGAGUUAGAGCAGGACAGCUUCACACAACGAGCACGGGCAAUGGAUGUAUGAGGUUUGGAGGCCAGGGCCUGGUGGGAAGGGAGGAGCUACACUUCCGCUCUCCCAAGGUUCCCCUUUCCUAGUGCUUGUACACUCCCUGCUGAAGAAUUGCAACUACUCCACCUGCUUACCUACAUUUGGAGGAAGAGUUGGGGAGAAGCACCACGUUCUGUUUUCAACACACUGCGACAAACAGGCACUUUCAGCCCGGCAGAUCCAUGUUGUAGAUGACAUGUGCUCUUAGCUGCUUUUCUUAAAGUCUCCAUGAGAGAGAGCGCAGAGCGUGGCCUGACCCUUCAUCCUGAAUCCUCUCAAACCGCUCCCUGUCAGACAAACUUCUUGUGUGGAGAAGUGCAACACACAGAGAACAGAAUCCCAGCUGCCUGCUUGACAUGUUGCCUCCAGAAGAGACUUCUGGCCACAGCUGCUGCGUGGAGGAGAGUUUCCCAGCUACCAGGCUGCUCGUGAGAAAUUUAGCAGGAGGUGUGAGGGGAAGGGAGGAAUUGACAAAACCUUUCACCACCCCUCCACAAGCAGCUGCUGCUGUCCUCGGAGUGACUCCAUCACUAGCCCCCGGUGUGACCCCUUCCAGCCACCUCAGCCGCAGCUCGGGCGAACGGUUCAGUGCCUCGCUCCUGCACACUGGCCGCACUGUGAUGGCAGUGACUGAUUCCAGCCGCCAGGACUGAGUGGGGAAGGCAGCGAGGGACCUUGGUCAGGUAUGAGUAAAAAUGCGACGGCAUCUGAAAAGCCAAAUGACAACAAUCAUGUGUAGUCUUAUGGAGUGUAGCCCUGCGACAGGGCUUGGAGCAGAUGGGAGCUUCCCUGCAGCCAGCCCCCUGUUCCAUUCCCCAUGGCACCUCCUGCUGUUAGUGGCUAAGAUUGGAGACGUUGUGAGCAGCCCACCAGCAGAACCCUGCCCCAUUUCCUACAGCACCGCCUGCUGAGAGAGGUUGGGAAUUGUGUAGCUGGGAGCUCUCCCAUCCUGUGUUCCUGUGCUGAUCCCUACAGCGCCAGCUGCUGGGCAAGGCUGGGACUGCACUAGUUAGGAGCUCACUCUGACAGCUACCUGCCCUACACUCAUCUCUGUGGUGCUGCAUGCUGAGAGAGGCUGGGGCUCUAAUAGCUGUGCUCACAGCCAGCUCCACCUGCUGGGGAAGGCCAGGACUGCAGUAGCUGUGAACUCCUGCCCGCUAACGCUCCCCCACUCCCCAACUCCAUCCUGCCCCUGAUGGACUCUGCCCAGGUGUUUUGCAGGGUCUGUGUGGAGGCAUAGAUGGACAGCAUGUACUUGGCUGAGCCUGCGCCCGGGGGUGCCAGCCCCAUCUCCCUGGAUGUCCUCAGCUUCCUGGACCCACUGGCGAACAGCACAGAGGAGCAGUGCUUCAGCGCCCGCUCCCGGAGCACGGUCCUGCAGGGGCUGCCAUUCGGCGGCGUGCCCACCGUGCUUGCCAUCAACUUCAUCCUCUGGCUGCUCCUCCUCCUGGUCUUCUCCUGCCUUCGGAAAGCAGCUUGGGACUAUGGGCGCCUGGCCCUGCUGAUGGAUAAUGACAGCUUGACGUCACUGUUCUACGGGGAGCAGAGUGAGAAGGAGAAAUCACCGUCAGAGACCAGCCCGCCGGAUGUCGAUAACAAAGAUGUGGGAUUCUGCUCCUGGCUCAUUUCCAUCUACCAAAUGAAGGAUGAGGAGCUCCAGAGCAAGUGUGGAAUCGACGCCACCACCUACCUCUCUUUCCAGCGCCACAUCCUGGUGCUGGUCAUGAUCGUCUGUGUGCUCUCUGUGGCCGUCAUUCUGCCUGUCAACUUCUCUGGGGACCUCUUGGGAAGCAGUCCAGCUCACUUUGGCCGGACGACCAUCACCAACGUCCCAACACAAGACCGUCUCCUAUGGCUGCACAGUAUCUUCGCUCUCAUCUAUUUCAUUAUCACCAUCCUCUGUAUGGCUCAUCACUCUGUCCAGCUCGAAUACAAGGAGGAUGAGAAGGUCGCACGGACACUGAUGGUCACCCGGAUUCCCAAGGAGAUCACAGACUCCUCCCUUGUCAUCAAGCAUUUUCAUGAGGCCUAUCCCAGCUGUACUGUCACCAAUGUCCAGUUCUGCUUUGAUGUUCGCAAGCUGAUGAAGCUGGAUGGAGAGAGGCGCAAGGCGAUGAAGGGACGACUUUACUUCACUACCAAGGCACAGAAAGAGGGGAAAAUCAUGAUCAAAACUCAUCCCUGCGCCCGCAUCUUCUGCUGCCGCAGCUGCAACUUUGAACAGGUGGAUGCUGAGCAGUACUACGGGGAGCUGGAGGAGAAACUGACCGAUGAGUUCAAUGCUGAGCGCAACCGCAUCUCGCUCAAGCGUCUUGACAUAGCCUUCGUCACUUUCCAGGAUGAGAGGAUGACAGCAGUGAUUUUGAAGGAUUACAGCCGCAUCCACUGCCGCAGGCACCCACAGCAAUCCUCCGUCACCACGGUGGUAAAGUCCCACAGCUGGGGCGUCCGCUAUGCCCCCGCCCCCAGUGACAUCAUCUGGGAGAAUUUAUCUGUCCGUGGCACGUCAUGGUGGGUGCGAUUUGUCCUCCUCAAUUUCUGCCUCUUCAUCCUCCUCUUCUUCCUCACCACACCUGCCAUCAUCGUCAACACCAUAGACAUGUUCAACGUGACGCGGCCGGUGGAGAGCCUCAAGAAUCCCGUCCUCACCCAGUUCUUCCCCACGCUGCUGCUCUGGGCCUUCUCUGUGUUCCUGCCCUUCGUCGUCUACUAUUCCGCCUUCUUUGAGUCACACUGGACCAGGUCGAAUGAAAAUCAAGUCACGAUGCACAAGUGUUACUUCUUUCUGGUGUUCAUGGUGAUCAUCCUGCCCUCACUGGGGCUGACCAGUUUAGAUCUUUUCUUCCACUGGCUCUUUGACAUUCACUUCUUGGAUGAGGCAAAUAUCAAGUUCCAGUGCGUUUUCCUCCCUGAUAACGGCGCUUUUUUUGUCAACUACGUCAUCACGUCCAGCCUGAUUGGGACAGCCAUGGAGCUGCUGCGCAUCCCCAGCCUCAUCGUCUAUGCAACCCGCCUCUGCUUCGCCAAGUCUGAGCCAGAGCGGCUCCACAUCAAGCGGAGCCAAGCCUAUGAGUUCCAGUUCGGGCUGGAGUACGCCUGGACCUGCUGCAUCUUUGCUGUCGUCAUGACCUACAGCAUCACCUGCCCCAUCAUCGUCCCCUUUGGUUUGCUCUACAUGCUGCUGAAGCACAUGGUUGAUCGCUACAACAUUUACUACGUGUACAUCCCCACCAAGCUGAACCAGCGCAUCCACUCGGCGGCCGUCAGCCAGGUGGUGGUGGCACCCAUCCUCUGCAUGUUUUGGCUGCUCUUCUUCUCUGUCCUGCGUCUAGGUCCCAUCCGUCCCAUCACCCUCUUUACCUUCGUGGUUCUUCUAUCCUGCGUCCUCUUCUCUUUCUUUGGCCUGUGUCUGAAGAAGCUGCAGCCAAGGAAGCCCUCCAGCUACCAGAUGUCCGAGCAGUCAGAAGGGGCCUUCAAUGACACGGAAAGAAGCAGCAUCUCCUCAACCCCUAACUCAAAUAUGUUCGUGGCCACGGUGCUGCAGGAGCCGGAGCUGAGCCUGACGCCGGCUGCCUCCCCAGCUCACCAGUCCUACGGCACAAUGGGCAACCGGCUGGAGCCGGUGGAGAACAGCGAGGAGGGCGGCCUGCAGAGCUUUGAGACGGAGCUGGAGACUGUGGAGGGUGAAUUCAGAACCGGGCCCGUGCUGGAGGACCAGGUCCAUUACCACUGAGCGGCCGCCCACAGCGGCAACACCAGCUGGACAGAAACACCGACAUCAAGUAUUGAGAACAGGGGCGGAACUCCAUCUUGUAGGCCCCAAGCUUCCUGAGCUGCCAUGUCGACCCUGCCACCUGCUCUCAGGCUCUGGCGAGGGUCCAGUGCCGCUAACAGGACCAGAUGCAACACUGCUGAAGAGCAGCGGCUUUUCUGGCCUGCGAGAGCCCAAGCCCCAAUGCUGGGGUGGUGGCCUCCUGCUCAUGCACACAGAUAAUACUGGGGUCUAGGGUGCAGUGGUGGAGACAGAACUGAACAGAGGGAGAGACCCCAGGAGGCCUCCUGCUUCCAUCCUGUGCUCCAGCUCUGAGCAGCUGAAGCCGAUUGCUAGUGCAUCUCAUGCUCAGUAGCCUGCCUGCCAUCUCCUGGCUUUCCCUUCUCCUGGAGUCAGAGUCAGCCACAGACCUCAGGCACCCCUCUUUGCUUUCCCUACCCUUCCCUCUGGUUCAGCAUCCCUUUGGGAAGGAGGGGUGCAGGAGAGGGGGUGGCCCUAUUGCGCCAGGGCAGACGUAGCUGUGAACCUUUUUUAUCAACAUAUUUUGGGAGAUUGGGGGGUGGGCACGGGAUUGUUCUCCUGCUGCCAAGGGAAAAUGCCCAGAGAGCACCAAUGAAUGUGUCCAAUGCAGAAGCAAAGGCCUGCAGCUCUUUGGUUGCCACAGGCGCCAACCAGACUCAAGUGCAGAUGCCAAACCCGUAGCUUUGUGGUGCACUCACUCACUGCCCCAAGGAGCAGGGCAGGGGAGUUGCCCUUCAGCUGGGCCCCGGCGCCAGGCCUGGGUGUCGUCUGUUCCUUCCCCCCAUGUCUGCUUGUGGCUGUGUGUGUGUGUGACUACUGAAUGCUGUCUUUGGGGCUCCUUGCCUUGGUUCAGUGUCAGAGGUGGGGCCCGUCACCAGGCUCCCCAUAGCACAGGGUAAAGGAGAAAGAGAGAGGGUGGGCGCCAGGGGGAGCAUGCUGAGGCCAGGAUGGAAAAACAAGCAGCAAAAGGAGAGUUGUGUGCCCUGAAGCAUUAACUCUUUGUACAGCAGCAUGUUCCAGACUGCCGGCUCUUUGGGCAUGACCCCCAGAGAUGCAUGUAGGCUCCAAGGGCUUAAUUAAGGAGGCAGCUGGGAGUGGGGGCGGGGGCUCUAUACGUGCAGGGGCUUAUGCAUGUGAUUGAACGAGCUCCUUUGGGGAACCCUUCUGGGAAAUCUCUGGGCUGGAAAAACCUCUGCCCCCAUCACCUGGAUUUGAGAACACGGAGCAGCCUCAUGCUGGAAAUUCCCAAGAUGGCUAACGAAAGCUUGCUGUCACUUCACUGCUGGAUGGUCACUCCCCCCUUUUUCCCGCAGCAGCUGCUGCUGCUGCUGAAUGACCUGCACUGGGCAAAGAGCUAGGGGAAGGCAAGUCAGUGCCAGACUAGUGACACUGGUAGAGGACUUUUAUACUGCCCAGUCUCACCACCUGUCUCAGAAAUGCAGCCACGUCGGGCAUGGGCUGCUGCAACUGUUUAACAGGUACCCAGCAACACUGCGCCAGUGCUAAUGCCAGCAUCCAAAGCAUGGUUCCGUCCAAUUGCAGCAUCUUAUAAUCCAGGGUCAGUGACUUCUUAUGCCCCCUCACCUCCACCCCAAGCUCAUGCUGUUCCCCCAGUGAGACAGGCAUCACGCCUUCUGCCGUGCAUGGAGGAGCCACUGCCCAAGGCUGAGAAACACAAAGCAUGCUCAAAAUGUUUGGAUACUUGUUGGCAUGGCAGGCUGCAAGCAAGGGGAGGGGUGUUCCCUGUAGGACCCCCACGCCACUUGGCAGGUUGUUGUCACCUUCAAGAUCCACCUGUGC